AUUUUAAUAUCUCCAAAUUAGCCCCUCACUGAAUAUAAUCUGGAGAUAUAUACCAGAUUUCAUUCUUAUAAUAAUAAAUAAUUAAUGGGUUUUGAUUUUAUUCAUUUCUGCAACAACAAUCACAGUAUUGAGAAUAAGAUAAUGUGAAAUUGAUGUUAUCAAACAACCAACUGCUAACAAAUAUAAGCAAGGCAGUUGGGAAAGAAGAUUAAAUAGCAUAUAUCUACAUGGGAUCUUUUAUUCCUUAACAAAAAAAAGUUGGGAUCUUGUAUUCAAUGCUAAAUAUCUGGGAAAAAAAAAUGCUCUUGACUUGUGUAUAAAGAGAUGUUGAGACUCUGGAGAGUCUAAACAUCUGGCUGCAGCUGCAUAAUGGGAAAGACUGUGGCCAUGGCAUUUGAGUUAUCAGCUUGCUUACUUUUACUCUUUAGUAUAGGUGGUGCAACAGCCUUAUCAUCGUCGGGGAACAGCUUGGAGGAUGGUUUGCCUCAACCUCAAGCAUUGAUGGUUCCUCUUACAAUUAUUUCAUCGGAUAUCGCCUCCCCUAAAGGAGCUGUGUGUUUGGAUGGAACAUUGCCUGCAUAUCGUAUAAGUCGAGGUUUUGGAUCUGGUGCAGACAACUGGCUUAUACAAAUUGAGGGAGGUGGUUGGUGUGAUACUGUAAGAGACUGUGUGUAUCGUAAAACAAGUCGCCAUGGUUCUUCCAACUACAUGGAAAAGGAAGCACCAUUUAUCGGGAUAUUGAGCAAUAAAGCUGAAGAAAAUCCUGAUUUUUUUAACUGGAACAGAGUCAAGCUUCUCUACUGUGAUGGUGCAUCUUUUAUGGGAAAUAGUGAAGAUAAGGAAGCACGACUUUUUUUCCGAGGACAACAAAUCUGGUCGGCUGCUAUGGAGGAAUUAAUGUCACUGGGAAUGAAUAAAGCUAAGCAGGCUCUUCUCUCUGGAUGCUCUGCUGGAGGCCUUUCCUCCAUAUUUCAUUGUGAUGAAUACAGGGCACUGUUUCCGCAGACCACUAAAGUAAAAUGUUUAAGCGACGCAGGAAUGUUUCUUGACGUGAUUGAUAUAACUGGAGGACGCACUUUGAGAAAUAUAUAUAACAGCGUAGUUAACCUCCAUGGACUGCAAGGCAUGCUGUCAAAAACUUGCAGAAAUCACUUGGAUCCAACUUCGUGUUUCUUCCCUCAAAAUUUGAUUGCCGAUAUCAAGACCCCAAUGUUUCUUCUCAAUACAGCCUACGAUGCCUGGCAGGUCCAAUCUAGUUUGGUUCCACCACAUUCUGAUCCUCAUGGUUAUUGGAAGGACUGCAGAUCCAACAUUGCACUCUGUAAUAAGUCACAACUCCAGUUUCUUCAAGAUUUCAGGAACCAGAUGCUGCAGCAGAUUAAAGCGUUCUCCUCGUCAGAUCAAAAUGGUUUAUUUAUAAAUUCCUGUUUCGCUCACUGCCAAUCUGAGAUACAGGAUACAUGGUUUGCCAGCAACGGUCCCAAAGUAAAUAACAAGGGUAUAGCGCAGUCUGUUGGAGACUGGUAUUUUGAUCGAACUGGUGUCAAAGCGAUCGACUGCCCUUAUCCCUGUGACAAAACCUGCCACAAUUUUGUAUUCGAGUGACAAUGUUAGUAACAGGCUUCCAUUUGUUCACAUAUAAAUACCAUGUAGCGCCUAUGUAUCUUUCUGUGUUUAGAGAGUUUUGUCCAUUAAGAAGCUUAAGCACAUUGCUCUAAAUAUUUGUGUGGUGUUUGGUAGACUUUAAGAAGUACCAGGCUGAUUCUGAAGGAA